UCCGCCGGAAAGGCGGUCCGAGGCGCGCUUGGAGAGGGUUCCGAAGGGUGAAGAAGGUCGCGGCGACUCGCCAGGCAUCCGUCGACGCCGUCCGGGACGAUGAGCUAAGGCGGCGGAGCGCGGCCGUCGAGGCGCGAGGCAGAGGGUCGCGUCGGGCGCCGUUCGUGUCGUCGUCGUCGUGCGGGAAGUCGGAACUCCAAGAUGGCGGCCUGCAAACAUAUGACAAAGGACGGCGGGCUGUCGCGGAUCGGCGCUCGUCGGGGGCGCUGAGCCCGCCCGGGCGCGCCGAGCUCGGCGGUCCUUGUCGCGGAUCGGCACCCUUGGGCACCCUGACCGGCGCGGUCGGACGGACUCGGGGAGAGCCAUGACCGCGCGUGGAGGAUGGGGUCGAUCGCUUCGGUGCUGCAGUGGCAUUGCUCGGAGUGCGCUCUGAUCAACGCGACCGAGAGCGCGAGCUGCGCCAGGUGCGGCCUCUCCCGCGUCGCCAGCGAUGAGAGGGCGGGCCGACGCGUCGCCCUGAGCUCCCCGCCGGGAGGCGAUCGAAGGGACGACGCGUCCUCGGGGUCCGGCCCGCCGACCCCUCCGCCGAGGCUUCUCGCUGCGGGAUCUCCGCCGGACCACCGACUCCUGCUCGUCCUCAGCAACGGAGGAAACGAAUCCAUACCGAAUAAUCAGAAUAAGACGUCUCGUCCAGGUUCCUGGUGCGGAACCUUUCCCAGUACACGACCCUUGAAACGAACGUCAUCGUUACCCUCUCUGGUGAAACAGUGGGUAUGCAUACGUUGCCUGUUGAAGAAUAGUUCCGGUUCAACUCUCACGUGUACAGCUUGUGGAGCAAAUUCAUCGAUAGUGGAGGCCAGACAGGUUGGAGCUAGGAAGAGCAGAGGAGAUGUCGUUCGUAAAUUGUACGGUGUUAAACAAGAAUCUGGACGAGACGUGGCACCCAAUGUAUCCUGCGAUGUGGUUACUCGCAUUUUAGAUGCUGGUAGCAGCACCGUUCGCAUUUCAACUAGCACCAACGGAAUGCAAAUGCGAGGUAUGGCUCAGUUGAGGAGCAUAAGUCGCAGCGAGCGAGCGAGAUCUAAUCGCGAGGACUGGACUCUACCAUCUAUAGAAACCAUGGACCUUGGAACGGUUCCCUAUGUAGAAAAUGCCGAAGACCCUCAGCGUCAUAGCCCCUCCGCUUAUGAACGUAUCGAAUCCAAAGUAAGUAGAUCCCUGUCGAAUGGAUCGGUCGUCCAGAAGCUGGCCGAAAACGCCGUGCAAAGACCGACUAGCCUGAUGGUCUCGGAGGCGCAUCAGGAUGACUCCCUGUGGAGCUGUGACAACUGUACGUUAGACAACGCACCCGGAUUGGAACAAUGCGAGGCCUGCGAAGCUCCGAGGAGUCCUGCGCCCUGUAGCGGGGUUGUCAUCAGUGUGCCCGCCUGGGAACCAAGAGCUCUGUCCUCCGCGGGUCCACUGUCUUAUAGGAGAUCGUUCUCCGACAUAGAUUCCAUAGCGAGCGUUGCGCAGAGGAAAGCUGCCAAUCGUAGGAGCCUGAACGACGAGGACCCACCUGCAGUGCCGCCGCACUCCAUCGGGUUCCACCCGAAGCCUAAGUACUCCUACAUCGGGAUUUCCGAGCCGGAUACCCCGCCACCCUUACCAAAGAAGCAGAGCAGCAAGUUAGGACUAACAACUACGAAAGCGCACAGCGAAGCGACCAGUCCGGUCGCAGAGACCUCAGCAGUCAGUCCGUUGAAGCGCAUGUGGACAUGCCGAAAAUGCUCGUACGCGUACAACCCCCUUUGGUCCACGGCCUGUGACAUCUGUGGCUCCUCCAGGACGCCGCCGUCCCUGACCCAACCCAGUUUGAUCACCGUCACGAAGGACAGUGCCGCGUGCCGCAGUCACGUACACUCCCCAAUAGUCGUAUCGAGGGACAACGUGCGAUGCAUCCCCCCGAAAUCGGCAACCCUCGCGACCAUGGAGUCCGACCUGGACGAUCAAUUGGAACCACCCUCUCCAGGGUGGACGUGUAAAAAGUGCACUCUGCUGAAUGCGGCGACCAGGACAACCUGCGAAGCGUGCGGUGGUUCCAAGCUCAGAAGCGUGAUGCACUUGGAAGACCCCACGCUUAGGAAGGGCGAGAGUUGGGUGUGCACAUCUUGUACCUUGAGGAACCCGUUGACCGCCCAGAACUGCAAUGCGUGCAAGACGGUGGCAGACUUUCUGGAGGUACCUAGGGAGAACAGGAUAUCGGGACAGAGAAGUCCCAGUCCGAGGCUGUGUUACCCGCUCCCUGUAAGCACCAAGGUGGUCACUCCCAGGCACCGAAAUUCCGUCAGGAGAAACGGUUCUGCAGCGAGCGAUAAAAGACACCCGAAGACGAAGGACGCUGCGCACGCUCAAUGGCAGUGCAAGUUGUGCACGUACGAGAACAAGAGCACGAACGGGAAUUGCGAGAUGUGCCAAAGCUCGAAGGCCCUUUCCCAAGCACCGGGAGACAGACCGAGGUUGAACGAACCUGGUACCAACACUCUUCGGAUACAACGGCAGGAAAGCGUCGUCAUGGAGAAUUUAAGGCAAAUCGAGGAGCGCGAAGCGCUGGAGAAGUGGGAGAGAAUUGUGCGCUACUGCAAAGAGACAAAUGAACCGUUUGUCGACGAUUCUUUUCCGCCGGCUCCGAAGUCGCUGUAUUAUAAUCCGGCGGACACGAAAGACAACCACGUGGUGCAAUGGAGAAGACCACACCAGAUUAACGUUGAUUCAAGUGUAGAUUCUAAACUGCCUUGGGCCGUCUUUAGGACACCCUUACCUUCGGACAUUUCCCAAGGUGUCUUGGGUAAUUGCUGGUUGUUGUCAGCGUUAGCGGUCUUAGCCGAAAGCGACGAACUCGUCAGGAGAGUUUUAGUCAUGAGGGAGACGUGCCCCGAAGGUGCGUACCAAGUCAGACUAUGUAAAGAUGGCAAGUGGACCACGGUUCUUGUCGAUGAUUUACUGCCUUGCGAUAAAAGAGGUCACCUGGUCUACUCUCAGGCUAAAAGAAAGCAGCUGUGGGUGCCGCUGAUCGAGAAAGCAGUUGCCAAGAUACAUGGUUGCUACGAAGCUUUGGUGUCCGGAAGAGCGAUAGAAGGUUUGGCGACGUUAACGGGUGCACCUUGCGAGAGCGUGCCACUGCAACCUUCUGCACUUCCCAGCGAAGAUGAACUAGAUAAGGAUCUAAUCUGGGCUCAGCUUUUGUCUUCGCGGCAAGCUAUGUUUUUAAUGGGUGCAAGCUGUGGCGGUGGUAACAUGAAAGUCGACGAAGAGGAAUACCAGCGCAAAGGUCUUCGACCGAGGCAUGCGUAUUCUGUUCUCGACGUGCGUGAUGUACAGGGGAUAAGAUUGCUACGUUUACGUAAUCCGUGGGGCCACUAUAGUUGGAAAGGUGAUUGGUCCGACGACAGUCCUAUAUGGACCCUUCAGCUUCGCGAGAUGCUAAUGCCUCACGGUGCUUCCGACGGAGUAUUCUGGAUAUCAUUCGACGAUGUCCUCAAGUACUUUGAUUGCAUCGAUAUCUGCAAAACCAGAGUCGGUUGGAGCGAAGUUAGGCUGCGUGGGACUCUUCCGCCUUUGUCAUCGCUAAGGCAUUUAUCUUGUGUCCUCUUAACAGUAUUGGAACCUACCGAGACCGAAUUUACAUUGUUCCAGGAAGGACAGAGAAAUUCGGAAAGAUCGCAGCGUUCCCAAUUAGAUCUGUGCGUAGUUGUUUUUCGCACGAGAUCCCCAGCAGCUCCUGAAGUUGGACGUUUAGUAGAACACAGUAAGAGACAAGUCCGAGGUUUCGUCGGAUGUCACAAAAUGCUGGAAAGAGAUCUGUAUAUCGUGGUGUGUUUGGCCUUCAAUCACUGGCAUACGGGAAUGGAGGACACCUCAAGUUAUCCCGAAUAUGUUCUGGCCAUUCAUAGUUCAAAAAGACUUUUGGUCGAACAGAUUUCACCUCCAGCUUUCGUGUUAGCGGACGCGAUAAUCAGCUUGACAUUGUCUAAAGGUCAACGGCACGAAGGAAGAGAAGGAAUGACGGCUUAUUAUUUAACUAAAGGGUGGGCCGGUCUGGUUGUAAUGGUUGAAAAUAGACACGUUAACAAAUGGAUACACGUUAAAUGUGACUGUCACGAGAGUUAUAACGUUGUCUCGACAAGAGGUCAGCUGAGAACUGCUGACAGUGUUCCUCCGCUCCAUAGGCAAGUCAUCAUUGUAUUAACGCAACUGGAAGGCAGUGGAGGUUUUUCCAUAGCACAUCGCUUAACGCACAGAUUGGCCAAUAGUGGGAAUUUGCACGAUUGGGGCCCACCGGAUACUCAACACUGUCCUCAGAUUGACACGCAAGUCGAAGGUCUGCACAGUCCUCGUUUGAUCACGUGAACGGAUUUGCGGAGCAUCCUGUGCACAAUCUCAUAGUAAUGUCGAGCGAAACGCGCGAGCGUCGACGAGACGUAGGAAAAUCGAAGAGGAUUCACUGAGUAGACUCAAUGACUGGUAACCGAGGGUGGCUAAAAACCAAAGUAAGCUGAAAAGGAACGCGAAGACAUUAGUUAGUCCUCCCAAAAGUCCUCGCCAUUAGUCUACGGUGAUCUUCACGCUUCCCAGUCACGUGCUCGGAGAGUUCCGAUGGGCUUUCUUGGCGUCGCAAUAUGCUCAGCGUUAGACACCAUACAAUAACUAAUUUAAUAUAUACAUUACGAUAAAUUGAAAUACGGCGGUUGUAAUAUAAUAUUCUGCUCUCGAUUAUCGCGUUUCAUCGACAGACGUUUCUCGAAUGAAGCUCGAGAAUUUCCGCGCAAACUAGGUAUUUCUGCUAGAACCAAUUGAUUGAUAACAGAUCAAGGGAUGAUGUACUUAGAAGAGACACAAGUUGUGAACACUUUGCUUGCUAUAUACAAACAAACAAAAAAAAUAAUUAUUUUCUCAACGUAAUAGUUUAAGUGUCAUGCGAGUAAAUGACAAACCAUGAAGAUCAUUGAUGAUAAACGAGUACUGUUAAAUGAAAUCUCUAGGGAGCAUGCAGGAGUGUAUGAUCGCCGUACACGGUUUUGGAAUUGUUUAGCGCAUAGUGCCACCACGGAUCGGGCGAUUUCUUUUUUUCUUUUUUUUUUCUUUUUUUUUAAUCGAGUUUUUACGCACAUUAAUUAUACGUAAAACAGUCCUGUUAUUCAAUGUGUCGGUGAAAUCAUUGUACAAUUGCAAUAGAGAUAUGUGCUAACAGUGGACGCGGUAUGUUGUAAUAUUAAUAAUUGCAUUUUAUGAACCUUGUUUUUUCAUGUUGGUACGUUCACUGCCAAACAAAUUUGGGGCACAUGGUGUCCAUUAGCUGUUUGUUUUCCAGCAGUAGAAACAUGCAUUGAAAAGAUUCUUGUUUUAUAGCAGGAGAAAGAUACAUUGAAAUGAUUCCUUAAUGUGCAAGGUGAAGUAUUCGUGUUCUUUCCUUUAGAAAAUGUUUGACAAUUUGUUGGUCUAUCACCGUUGCAACAAUCCCGGGUAACUUUUGUAGAUCUGAUAUUCUGAUUUUUACUCAUUGUCUAAUUUAGUUCUUUAACAUGACAUUUCUUUUUUAAAUAAUCAUUUAAUGCCUAGAAGUCAAGUACUAGUUUUUACACAGGCCAUUAAGACUGAGGAAAAUAAAGGAUGGGUCGUUCUAUACAGAUUCUAAUUUUCAUGGAUAUUUUCAUGUUGUAUUAAUCAGCAUUACAAAAUAUAAUGGUACAAUUUGAAAACGACG